AUGAGUAGACUUUACUUUGGGGACAAUCAAGUAGCCGAUAAAGGUGUACAAUAUUUAGCGUCUACAGUUGCGAACUCCUCCUUAUUCGUAUUAGGUAUAUCAAAAAAUGGUAUUACAGACGAAGGUGUACAUUAUCUCAGCGAAAUGCUUAAAACAAAUCAUCGAUUGACUGUAUUGGGACUAGAAGAAAAUGAAAUAAGUAACUCUGGAGUCGAAAAAUUGACCAAUGCACUUAAGUAUAACUGUACACUUCAGCGAUUACUACUUGCUGAAAAUAAGACGAUAAACAACACAAGUGUCAGUUAUAUAACUGAUAUGAUACAUUACAAUCGAUCAUUGAAGAGACUUGAUUUACGUUCAUGUAAUCUGUCAAAUUCGGCUAAAGCUAAACUUCGAGAAGUAGUCCAAAUACGAAAAUAUUUUGAACUAUUCGUUUAA